AUGUCUGUCGGCAACCACGUCUGUGGCUGUUAUCACAUAUCCUCCUUCAACAGACGCACCUACUUGCCUCAAGUCCAUCUGGACUCCCACACCACCAUCACUCCUCUCUACUCCUCCACCAAACUCUCUCAAACCUUCCAGAACCCCACAGAAAUCCAGCUUCCUCAGACUCGCUACACAUUCCCCCUCUAUGAUGGUGUCAUCGUGACUGCAUUCUCCUGCACUAUCGGCGACAAGGUCAUCAAGGGCCAUGUUGAACAGAAAGAGCAAGCUCGCAAGACCUUCAACGAUGCUGUCAGCAGAGGCGAGACCGCUGGCCUUUUGGAAUCUCUUCCCACCGGCGUUUUCGGAGUCACCCUCGGAAACGUCCCUGCCCACACUUCCAUUCAAGUUGACAUCGUCUACGGAGGCGAACUCAAGCACGAUGCCCAGAUCGACGGCUUGCGCUACAUUCUGCCAACCUCAAUUGCUCGGCGUUACGGCUCCUAUCCUGGAGAAUUCCUUCAACCCGAUUCAGCCAUCGCCAGGGGCAUGAAGAUUACUGUUGAUAUCGACAUGGAAGGCUCCAGCAUUCGCAAAGUUCAAUGCCUCUCCGGUCACUCCAUCGCCCUGGACAUGAACACCCUGUCUACCACCAUUGGAGCCACUCCCGACAUGUCAAAGGCGUCGGUAUCCUUGACCCACGGCACGACCGAACUUCUCACCGAUCUUGUCUUGCAAAUCUUGAUCGACGACAUUGGCUCACCCAAGGCUAUCCUCGAAAAGCAUUCCAUUUCUGGUUGUCAAGCUCUCAUGGCAACAUUUGUGCCGCGCUUCAACCUCAAGCCCAUCAGACCGGAAAUCAUCUUCAUCGCAGAUCAGAGUGGUAGUAUGCAAGGCGCCAAGAACACUGCCCUCAUCGCUGCUCUGAAGACAUUCCUCAAGUCUCUGCCACCCGGCGUCCGCUUCAACAUUUGCGCUUUUGGAUCUCAUCACCAGUUACUCUGGGAGAAGAGCGUCUCUUACAACCAGGAAAACUUCGACCGAGCUUUGUGCUUUGUCCAGGGCUUUACCGCUAGCUAUGGCGGCACAGAACUCCUGUCUGCUGUUCAGGCCUCUUUCGAAUCGCACUUCCCUGACAUGCCUUUAGAGCUUGUUGUUCUGACCGAUGGUGAAAUCUAUGCUGAGUCCCAACUCUUUCAAUACGUCAAUAGCCAGAUUCAUGAGAAGAAGGUCGAUGCUCGUUGCUUUGUGCUUGGAGUCGGUCGUGAUGUUUCUCACACCUUGGUCGAAGGCUUUGCUCGCGCUGGUAACGGCGUUUCGCAGUUCAUCACUGACGAUGAGAUCAUGGACUUCAAGGUCAUCCGUAUGCUCAAAGCCGCUUUGUAUCCACAUGUCAAAGACUAUCGUUUGGAGGUCAAGUACGAUGAUGCCGAAGACUUCGAGAUGGUCGAGAGCGUGCUCCCCCAGCAGAUGGCCGAUGCUGCUGAUCCUUUGAUCGAACCACCCAAGGCGCCAAUCUCGCUGUUCGACCCAUCUGCCAAUCUCAGCGGUACACCCGAUGAGAGUUCUGAUCGCUACGCUCAUCUUCCCGACAUCACUGUGCCCGGCCUGGUCCAAGCACCUCAUGUCAUCCCUCCUUUGUUGCCUUACAGCCGUACCACCGUGUGCCUACUUCUACAGAACAUAGACAAGGCCCCCAAGUCUAUCGUGCUGCACGGCACCUGUCCCGAUGGUCCAUUGAUGUUGAAGAUCCCUGUCAAGAAGAUUGACAACCCCAGUUACACUGUCAACACUCUCGCAGCCAAACGAGUCAUUCAGGAGCUUGAAGAAGGCCGAGGCUGGUUGAACACCGCUCAGCAGGGUACUGAGCUAGUCAAGGACAAGUAUCCUUCUCGUCUUGACGAGCUUGUUGAGAAGGAAGUCGUUCGUCUCGGUGUCGAUUACCAGGUCGCCAACAAAUGGUGCUCCUUUGUUGCCGUCGAGCCUGACCAGGAAGGCAAGAGAGUCGUUGAGAACGAAACCCAGGAGGUCUCUGGUCCGCGAAGUGGGCGCGCCAAGAAGAAGUUGAUGGCAUAUCCCAUGCCUAAUCGCUCUUUGCUUGAUGAUGAUGAACAUGACGCUGCUGAUGUGCGUCUUACGGGUGGCGGUAGUCUCACAGGAGGUACGAGAGGUGGUGGCCAUACGGGACGCGGUCGUCUUACGGGAGGUGGCGGCCGUGGUUCUGGCCUCAUGCGUCUUAGCCGCCGUGGUGGUCCUCCCGAUCACGACGGUGAUCAUGACGUUAAUUUGUCGGGCGUCAUGUACAGAAGAGCUAUGCAUCCCAGCGCUUCCACCCUUAAGGUUUCUGCCAUUCCUACCGACGAUAUUUUGCCCGCCGUUCGCGCUCUUGUUGAUCUUCAGUCCUUCGAUGGUCACUGGGACUGUAACGAGGCCCUCAAUAGCUUCUUCGCCAGCGAAAUCGUCAACAUGAAGAAUACUGGAGCUCAAGAGAACGCUGUCCUGGCUACUGCGCUGGUGCUAGCAUGGUUGAAGAUCUCAGCAGCUCAAUACUCUGAUCUGUGGGAGAUGGUUGCAGACAAGGGUACUGCAUGGCUUGCUACUCAGGAAAACUCAGAGUUGCUCAUGUACACUGCCAGGAGCACUAUCCAAGACCUUACUUGA